AUGAAGUAUAAUGAUGUGGCUUUCCAGCUGGUACCUGCAAGAUAUGACUUUUUGGGUAAUCCGCAUCGACGCUCCUUUGAAGAAUAUAGCUCAGUGAAUAAUUUCGAGUUGCAUUAUCGGAUUCUUGGUCAUCUCUCAUCAGUUUUUUGUGUUGCAUUUGACAAAUCUGGAUCCUAUGUUGUUACGGGUGCUGAUGACAAUCUCGUAAAAGUAUGGUGUGUCUCGUCCGGCUUGUUGCGUUUCACAUUGAGGGGCCAUGCAGCAGAAAUUUCAGACAUUAGCAUCUCCGAAGAUAAUACACUGUUGGCAACGGGCUCCGUGGACCGAUCAGUCAGAGUUUGGUGUUUGCAAACAGCGGCCCCAGUGUGUUUGUUUCGGUCACAUUCUGCCAUAGUUACACUUGUUACAUUUCUGCCAUUUGUUGACGGGACGGUGCGUUAUUUGGCUUCGGCUGGUGGCGAUUGCACUGUUAAUUUCUAUCGAUAUUGCUCUGCGGAUCGUGAAUUUGAAUCUGCACCAAUACAGUUUUUUGAACGCACAACAGCAGGCCCUCGCAUUGUCAGCACAUGCCACAGUCCCGGAGGCAGUUUGGUUGUUUUUGGUGACACCCAUAACAAACUGAGAAUUUAUCGAAUUAAACGAGACGGAAUUGAGAAAUUAAUCGAUAUCGAUGCACACACGGAUCGCGUUGAUAGCCUGGAAUGGGCGCAUAUGGGGUUACGCUUUGCAAGCGGUAGUCGUGAUGGCACUGCAAAAGUAUGGAAAUUUGAGUGCAACAGUUGGAUGCCGAUUGUUUUGCAUCCAAAAGUGAAGGAUGAAAAGACGGCCAGUUCGCGAAAUUCAUACAAAGUGACAAUGCUGUGCUGGUCUUUGAAAGAUGAUUUUAUUGUCACUGCCGGAUCGGACUUCAUUCUGCGUGUAUGGUCAACAGCCUCCGGAGAGGAACUGCGCCAGUUAGAGGGACACAAAGAAGAUGCCUAUGUGUUGCAUUCGCAUCCCGUACUGGAUGAUUACAUCUUCAGUGGAGGUCACGACGGCUUUCUGAUGGUAUGUCUCAUCUGGGAUUAU